UGAUCUCUCAGUAUUCAUUUUUUUUUCAUAUGAAUACUAUCUAUGUAAUUGCAAAUUUAUACUAAAUUUACAAACAAAAGUUCAGUGUUUAAUGGAUCUGAGAACCGGUGAUCUGGUUUUAGUUUCGGUAUAAAUUGAUGUUUCGUAGAGAAAUUAGCCAGUUAAUGUCAACUUGAAGUUUUCGUUCAUGGCACCUAUUUUGCAUUUGCAUUUGUUCAUUGUCUUUAGUGUUGGAAAAGUCGAGCAGCUUUUGAAAUCUGUAGUUAAUUUGAAUCUGAAUAUUGAAAAUGCAUUUCAAAGUGGUUCAGUUCAGAUUUAGAUGUUAGGUGCAGAUUUGAUUUGAUAUGAUUCUUUUAUUAAUAAAAAUUAGGCUUUGGGAGUGCUUUGGUUAUUAUAUUGCCAUGGAUCAUUUAAAAAGUGGAUCGCAAGAUGAAGAAACACAACGGCCAUUGAUAUGUGGGCUUCCAGACGAUAUUGCACUUUUCUGCUUAGCGAGAGUUCCUAGAAAGUAUCAUACAAUACUAAAGUGUGUUUCCAGGGGAUGGAGAGACUUAGUAUGCAGUGAAGAAUGGCGUGCUUAUCGUAGAAAGCACAAUUUGGAUGAGACUUGGAUUUAUGCUUUGUGUCAAGACAAUAAGCUUGAGAGGGUUAGUUGUUAUGUAUUGGACCCCAACUCUGCUAGAAGGAGUUGGAAGCUCCUUCAUGAUUUUCCACCUCCCAUCUUGAGGACAAGAAAAGGCAUCGGUUUUGAGGUCUUGGGAAAUAAUCUUUAUUUACUGGGUGGCUGUGGUUGGUCUCAGGAUGCCACUAGGGAGGUCUACUGCUAUGACCCUUCGAGGAACUCAUGGUCUAAUGCUGCCUCCUUGUCAACUGCAAGGUGCUACUUUGCUUGUGAAAUUCUAGAUGAGAAAAUUUAUUCCAUUGGGGGAUUAGGUUCAAAAUCAAGUGACGCACAUUCUUGGGAAGUUUAUGAGCCUUGCACAAACAACUGGAAGUUGCACACAAAUCCAAAUGUUGUUCCGGAAAUUGAAGAUUCGUUUGUCAUGGAUGGGAAGAUUUAUAUCCGCCGUGGUACAUCUGCUGUAACUUCUGAGGUUUAUGCAUUAGUUUAUGAGCCAUCGAGCUGCACCUGGCAGCAUGCAGAUGCUGACAUGGCUUCAGGAUGGCGGGGUCCUGCAGUUGUUGUAGAUGAAACCCUUUAUGUGUUGGAUCAGAGUUCAGGGACGCGAUUGAUGAUGUGGCACAAAGACAGUAGAGAGUGGGCACCAGUUGGGAGGCUAUCCGCCCUAUUAACAAGACCACCUUGCCAGCUUGUUGCCAUUGGAAACAACAUAUUUGCUGUAGGGAAAGGGUGUAGCACGGUGGUAAUUGAUGUUGGCAACACAGGGAAUGUUGGAGGGGUUAUGGUGAGUUCCUCUAUUCCUAAAGUGAAUGAUACUGAUGAUGUUAUUAGAUGUAAAUGUUUAGCUAUAUGAAGCAUAUUUUGAAGUUCUCUUCUGUGUCUAUCCAGAAGAUUGUUUUAUGGGGCUCAAAUAUAUGCCCCUUUGAAAGAAAUUGUUAUCUUAUAGAUUUUAUAAAACUUUAUGCAUUUAUAAAUAGUAUUUUUUUGGAUAUUAA